GCCCUCUUUGAAAAAAGUUUGGACACCCCUGCACUAUACGCUAUAUAUGUUUCAAUGUUGGGUUUGAUCAAUGGACAAAAUAACAUAAUUUUCAUUGAAAAUAAGAGAACUCUAAAAUUGCAGGCAUGUUGCACCCCAUUUGGUUUGCUGGAAAUCCACUGAGCUGCUAUUAGUUUUCUUUGGUUAAAAAGUGUAAUGCAAAUCCUGUCAUUUCACUUCACAAUGUGAAAACCGUAUAUGGACAUCACGUGGUUUCCCUUUAGGUAUCGCGAUAUUAGCAGUUGCACAGUACUUCCAUCAUGGCAGGCAGUAAGUUGGUGCUAGAAGGAAGAGUAAGUAUAAAGACAUUUAUUUUAGGGCUCAGCGUGAUUGUGAUCCCAUUGAUCAGAACGUGGUUUGGACAUUUCGACUGGGUCUUUGAUUAUCUGACGGAAACUUCUGGGAAGAUAGUGAUUUGUAUCCACAUUGCAGUUAUCAACGGCCUCCUGCUAAUCGUAUACAAGGGACCUCUAUACAAGGUCGCUGUGAGAGCCUGCUUUCUGGGAGUUACUUUUGGCUGUGGCUUAAUUAUAAGCUUCUCUGAAACUACUUGGACCCAUUUUGGCUGGUACAUGUGCUCCCUGUCCUUCUUCCAUUACACUGAGUACCUGGUGACGGCCAUCAUCAACCCUCGCAGCCUGUCGCUGGACUCAUUCCUGCUCAACCACAGUGUGGAGUACACGCUGGCUGCUGUCUCGUCAUGGGUGGAGUUCACUAUAGAGAAGCUGACCGUUCCAGAUCUGAAGCAGCUGAACUGGUUCAGCGUCGUGGGCCUGCUCCUGGUCAUGUUUGGCGAUUGCCUGCGUAAGGCGGCCAUGUUGACGGCCGGCUCCAACUUCAACCACAUUGUCCAGAAUGAAAAGGCCCAGAGCCACGUGCUGGUCACCGGCGGGGUCUACUCCUACUUCAGACACCCCUCCUAUGUGGGCUGGUUCUACUGGAGCACAGGGACACAGAUCAUGCUGUGUAACCCCGUGUGUAUAUUGGGCUACACGAUAGCCAGCUGGCGGUUCUUCCGGGAGCGGAUCGAGGAGGAGGAGCUCUCCCUCAUCCAUUUCUUUGCUGAGGACUAUGUGGAAUACAAGAAGAAGGUUCCCACCGGGCUGCCCUUCAUCUCAGGCAUCCGUGUCAACUAGUCCCAGGAGCUGGAUGCAGGACGUAACAGACUUAAAGCACUGAGGCAGGUCAGACCUGGCGGAUGUGUGGCAUCUGCCACGGCGGCGGCCCUCCAGAGGGAAACCCUGCAGCUGGUUGAGAACCUGUAGCUCACAGACAAAGAUCGUGGAAUGGCGGCAGGCAGCUGGGCUGCUGUUUUCUACCAACUUCCAGACCACACAACCUCCACUGUACUACAUGUAGUCCAAUAACACCCACUCCGUCUGUUUCUGUUGUCUUUCUGUUUGCAUGCUUUCACCAUGCUUAUUGUUUCCACUGAUAACCUGUUGUCUGUAACUUACGAUAAUCAAUAUUAUCAAGAAGUGGCCACCACUGUAUGUCCCACUGUUUGUGUAUCCUCUGGGCCAUUAUGGAACUCGUUUUGUUUUGUGAUGACCUCAGAGAGAAUCUAAUGCCCUGAAAUUCAAUCGAUCAGCCAAUAGCAAAAUUCAAUUUCAAAAGCAGAGUUACAACCAGUAGAGCAGUCGCUAUACAUAUUUAUAACCAUAUGUAGAAUUCAAAUACUUUGCACUAGAACAUCAUGGACCUGACUCUACCAACACUACGAAGUACCACAUACAUUAGUUUUCAUCUGGAAAAAGUGGUUUGGGAGUUUAGUUGCGCUUCUUUAGCUCGAGGAUGUUUCCCACAGGUCUGGAGUGCAGCCCUCUACCCUGUAGUCUUGAAAGGCUUGUAUCCAUUACAGAGGGUGGCAGCUGUAGGCAUCUUGGAUUCACAAUAGUUACCCCCAAGAAAAACGAGCCGAAUGUCCCUAGAAACUUGUCCGCCUCUGCAGAAUAAUCCACUGCUCCUAGUUUCUCCACACCAGGGCUAAAUGCACUACUUCAUGUCACCACCUCCUCAUAGCUCCAAAGUUCUGCCACAAGUUAUGGCUUUAGGGUUAGGGUUGAUUUGAAGCAACAGUUGAACAUACAAUUCCUAAUAUUUUCAGUAGUGUGUCUUAAUUAUAUGUACUUUUUAGGUGGGAAAGCCUCCCCUAUGGAAUAGACCAUGGAACUAAAGCUGUCCAGUGCAUCCAAACAUUGGUAAAGGGAACAAUAGGUGGUAUUUUUUUAUAAUUUAUCUUCCAAAGCACUAUUUAAUAAAAAUGAAAGAAUGAAUAAAAAGUGUAAAAGAUAGAUUUUAGGGACUGUUUAAAUGUAGUUGACGAGGAAGCUCCAUCAUUCACAGAUGACUAAAUAUAAGACUGGUCAUGGCCUGACUGAUGGCUAACCCUGAUAUCCACUUCCUCAAUGUGCACUCAGGCUAAAACACAAAUCACACAUAUGAAAGAGUUAUUUAUGAAAGUGACAUUUCUUUACGUCUCUGUCAUUUAGUCGAGACGUGUUUUCGUACACCGGAGCUAGUGGCAUGAUAGAUUUUGAUUAUAGCAGUUCUCGCCUGAUCUGUGAGGGAGGCAGUGUUGACAUUGUUUCCUUUGUUGUAGCCGCUCUUUUCUUUUUUGUUAGUAUAUAAAUUAUUGUUUGUUUUUUUGCUUUCUGUGUCAAGUCACCACCCUGAACAGUAUAAAUUACUAUCAUUGCAUCACUGCUUCUCCUGUUGACCGGUCAUGCUCACAUUGUGUUCGAAACCAACUAAUUGACUGAGUUGUAUAUUGAGCUUGAGAGAGGCUGACUCUGCAGCUCUCUCUCUCGCUCACAUUGAUCUGUCUGAAUAUCUUCAGUGCUGCUAUCUACUCUCCAAACCCUGGUCCCAUUGUGUUUGGGAGAUUGGUAAAAAGUUAAUGAAGAUUUUCGGGAGCAAAGAUGCUCUGUAGGUAAAACAUUUUUUUACCAUUCGUGGUGCUCAAGUGCCAUGUUUGAAUGAGUAUGUUUUGCUUCACUAGGCAACGUUCAAGAAAAUAAAUCAUCCUAUUCAAAAUCUUUAGGAAUACGCCAUGUUUUUGGAAGACUGUCUUAUUGCUUAACAACAUUACAAUUAUUCUUAUCCAGGGUAGAAAAUAAGUGUUUAAUCAGAGGUAGAUAUUAUUUCCCUAGAGAAAUAAAUGGUUUCUCCGAGUAUCUGAGCUAUGUUGCGAUGGUAACAACUAUUUUUCCUCAUCUGGAGCUUCUUGAAUGUUUAAUUUAGUCAAUUUCGCCUCUUUUUUUUUUUUUUGACAGAGGACAGUAUAGAAAUGAGGAGCGAGAGAGAUGGGUAUGACAAGCAACAAAGGUCCCAAGGCUGGAAUCGAACCCAGGACGUUGCGGUCAUAUGGCACAACUUGGCUACCAAGGCGCUAAAGUUAUGGAUGUGAUUUUACGACCUUGAUCUUACAUGCCAGAGGCAUUUCACCUUGGAGACCUGCUGCAUAUUUGGUUACGUCUUUAUUGCAUGUUUCUUCCUUUAUUUCUUGUCAUCACUCCACUGCCCUCCAGCAAAUAGUGGAAGUCAAUCAUGCCAAAACAUAUUUAAAAGAGACGGGUCGUGCCUAGUUCACGACACAAAUGUUCUGCUCUCGGACAGUGUUCAGAGCUCCAGGACAAAUCCCCAGAUCAGAGUCAAAUCCGCUCUGUUGGCGCUCGCAGAUCGCUUGAGUGCAAUAUGUGAACUAGUAGUUGCCCCGAUGUUAUUCCAGUACUAUGACUGUGCGUAGCCCUCUAAUGGGCUUCGUUUUUGGUUUACCCUCUCGAGGCUCCACCUAAGCAUCUAAGUAAGAAUGUAUGCACUAACAUAAGAGCUAGAGUAACUACUGUUUCUAGUUUUUAUGUGCUCCGUGCUCUAAAGUGCUUCAUUAUAGGUUAAAACCUAAAAUGAAGGCCGUAGGGAUGAGAUGUAAUCCCAGCUGGUCCGAACCACAAUGUAUUUGAUGACGUUGUCGGCUGGAUGAACAUCGCCGCUUAUUAGCGCAUACCCGGCCAGGGUUGUACGCUGACCGAGUGGCUAUAGCAUCAAGCUAACCAGUCUGACAUUAAUACCUUAUUAGCCGCUGAG